AAAAUAGAUCAUCUAAUGAUCUAGAUCAAGAUCUUGAGUCUACCACUAGAUCUACGUCCGACGAUUAUUCAUGUGUUAGUCUAGUUGUGCUUGUUUUAAACUCGCUAAGUCUUUUGUUUGAUACCAUCACAAAUAUAAAAUGAAUCAUUGGAAGCAAGCUUUCUAUUUUGUGUUUGGCAAGAAAUGUUUAAAAAGAUGGAAGUCGGCAGCCGUAGACCUACAACUAGUGGACAAUGAAAUCAAGGCCUCUUGCCUGUUUGACCUUUGGCUUGCGUCACCCAAGGAUAUGCUAGUAUUAAUCCGGCACUUACAUAACACUGGUCUCAUCCAAGGUAGUUUGGGUGUUGCAUCAUUAGGUAGUGACAUCAUCAUCUACAAUGCUGCUUCACUUGAUUCCUUCAUUAAGAGCAGCUUACAAAAGACAUCAUUUAUAGACAUCAGUUCAAAACUGCAGCUUCCAGGUCUUGUUUCGGAGGGUAAAGUGGCAAAAACCUUUGACACCUUUCUCAGUUUUGUUCAGAACACAUCACAGUCGUCUGACGCCCCCACACUGCAUAAUAUUGAACAAUCAACUGACCUUAAUGGACCUUGUCUGUUUGGGCUAUUUUUGGGUUAUCCUUGUGUAUAUUGGUAUGAUAGUUGCGCAGAUGAUGGCAAUUGUCUUACUGGCCAACAUUUAGUUUUAUUUCAAGUUGUCGGUCAUCUGUCAAGCUCAUUUACUUACCCUACGUCAUGUCUGACUCAUACUAUUUUUUCUUUCACCGCACCAUUCAACUUGAUUGAUGAGCUGAGACCCAAGGUAGAUAACUGGUUCCAGAAAUGGGAACAAAAUGAAAAGUGGAAAAACAUGUUUUCUGAAGUCUUGCUAAAUAGUGAAACAGUUAGCCCUCAGGUGGUUUGUUUAUAAUGCCUGAGUUGAAAACAAAGCAAUGCACGAAGGGUUCUAGGUCAUACAUAUAUUAUAACAAUAUCACAGAGUAGGUUCACUGGGAGGGCUGACUCGGCCUGAAUGCUCCCUUGUAGCUUUUACCACCCCAGAAGACAAUCUGGCAGCUAGACAGCAGCCAUCUGUGUGAAUAAAUGUUCCUGUAUACAAUGUGAGCAAUGGAAAGAUAUUUAUUCAGUAAUUUGUAAUGCAAGAAUUAAAUCUUUUAAACCUUUGGCGCUAGUUUAUAUGAUUAUGACAAGAUCACAUAUAAAACAAGUGUGGCUCAUUGUCUGGCAUUUAUUGAGUCGUCAUCCUCUGAAUAAAGUUGACAAUAUUAAUAAAUUAAUGAGUAGAUAGGUUUGGCAGAUCCAACAGAUGUUUUCAUCAAAUUUCUAUUUUCGCGUUAUAUCUUGUCCAAGAUUGAAUCCCUAAUAUGUCAAAUAAUCCAAAAUGUUGACCUUCGUUUUGUUGCACUUAGUUCUAAUGAUUUGAACUGCCGCAGUUUUCUUAUGUUUUUUUUAAAUGUAUUUGUAAAAAAAAGUAGA